CGCCCUGCCGCCCUUCUUCGGUCACGUGACUGCAGGGAGGCAAGGCGGAAGCCAGACCGGCCAACCCCUAAGAGCUGGGGCCUGGAACUGAAGGGGAUUCCUCCGCGGAGGAGGAGGAGCCAGCGUGUGGACCCCGCGGGCCUCCACCGGCCCUGUGCGUGCGCUGCCGCCGCGGGCUCUCUGACAGGUUUUUAAUGGAGCAUCACCUAGUCAGCCCGCAGACCUGGCUUCAUAUAAUAAUCUGCAGGGCCCAGUUCUGACACAGUUUGUCAUCCUGCUGUCUGCACACUCCUGAGCUGCUCGUCCUCAGGAUGCUGGACUUCCUGGCUGAGAACAACCUCUGUGGCCAGGCAAUCCUGAGGAUCGUUUCCUGUGGCAAUGCCAUCAUCGCAGAGCUGCUGCGGCUCUCGGAAUUUAUUCCAGCUGUGUUCCGUUUGAAAGAUCGAGCGGAUCAACAAAAAUACGGAGAGAUCAUAUUUGAUUUCAGCUACUUUAAGGGUCAAGAGUUAUGGGAAAGCAAACUGGAAGCUAAGCCAGAGCUACAGGAUUUAGAUGAAGAAUUUCGGGAAAACAACAUAGAAAUUGUGACCAGAUUUUAUUUAGCAUUUCAGAGUGUGCAUAAAUAUAUUGUAGACUUGAACAGAUACCUAGAUGAUCUCAAUGAGGGCGUUUACAUUCAGCAAACUUUAGAAACUGUGCUUCUCAAUGAAGAUGGAAAACAACUUCUUUGUGAAGCUCUGUAUCUCUAUGGAGUCAUGCUGCUAGUCAUCGAUCAAAAGAUUGAAGGAGAAGUCAGAGAGAGGAUGCUGGUUUCUUACUAUCGAUACAGUGCUGCUCGAUCUUCUGCUGAUUCAAAUAUGGACGACAUUUGCAAGCUGCUGCGGAGUACAGGUUAUUCCAGCCAGCCAGGAGCCAAAAGACCACCGAACUAUCCUGAGAGCUACUUCCAGAGAGUGCCUAUCAACGAAGCCUUCAUCAGCAUGGUCAUUGGCCGACUGAGAUCUGACGAUAUUUACAACCAGGUUUCGGCCUACCCACUGCCAGAGCACCGCAGCACUGCCCUGGCCAAUCAAGCUGCCAUGCUGUAUGUGAUUCUCUACUUUGACUCUUCCAUUCUCCAUACCCAUCAAGCAAAAAUGAGAGAGAUCGUGGAUAAAUACUUUCCAGAUAACUGGGUGAUUAGUAUCUACAUGGGGAUCACAGUUAACCUAGCGGAUGCUUGGGAACCUUACAAAGCUGCCAAAACUGCUUUAAACAACACCCUGGACCUUUCAAAUGUUAGAGAACAGGCAAGCCGGUGCGCUACUGUCAGUGAGCGAGUGCAUGCCCAAGUGCGGCAGUUUCUGAAGGAGGGGUACUUAAGGGAGGAGGUGGUGCUGGACAACAUCCCCAAGCUCCUCAAUUGCCUGCGAGACUGCAACGUGGCUAUCCGGUGGCUGAUGCUUCACACGGCAGACUCAGCCUGUGACCCAAACAACAAACGCCUCCGUCAGAUCAAGGACCAGAUUUUAACUGAUUCCAGGUACAAUCCCAAGAUUCUCUUCCAGUUGCUGUUGGAUACUGCACAGUUUGAGUUCAUACUCAAAGAGAUGUUCAAGCAAAUGCUUUCAGAAAAGCAGGCCAAAUGGGAGCAUUACAAGAAGGAGGGCUCAGAGCGGAUGACUGAGCUGGCGGAUGUCUUUUCAGGAGUGAAACCCCUAACCAGAGUGGAAAAAAACGAAAAUCUACAAGCUUGGUUCAGAGAGAUCUCAAAACAAAUACUGUCUUUAAAUUACGAUGACUCUACUGCUGCAGGUAGAAAAACUGUGCAACUAAUACAGGCUUUGGAGGAGGUUCAGGAAUUUCACCAGUUAGAGUCAAAUCUGCAGGUGUGUCAGUUUCUUGCUGAUACACGGAAAUUUCUCCACCAGAUGAUCAGGACAAUUAACAUUAAGGAGGAAGUCCUGAUCACGAUGCAGAUCGUUGGAGACCUCUCCUUUGCUUGGCAGCUAAUUGACAGUUUCACAUCCAUCAUGCAAGAAAGCAUAAGGGUAAACCCAUCCAUGGUUACCAAACUCAGAGCUACAUUUCUAAAGCUUGCCUCUGCCUUAGACCUGCCCCUUCUUCGUAUUAAUCAAGCAAACAGCCCUGACCUCCUCAGCGUGUCUCAGUAUUACUCUGGUGAGCUGGUGUCCUAUGUGAGAAAGGUCCUGCAGAUCAUCCCAGAAAGCAUGUUCACGUCUCUUCUGAAGAUCAUCAAGCUUCAGACACACGACAUCAUUGAGGUGCCCACCCGCCUGGACAAAGACAAGCUGCGGGACUAUGCACAGCUCGGCCCACGAUACGAGGUUGCCAAGCUUACUCAUGCUAUUUCCAUUUUCACUGAAGGCAUCUUAAUGAUGAAGACAACUUUGGUUGGCAUCAUCAAGGUGGAUCCGAAGCAGUUGCUGGAAGAUGGCAUAAGAAAGGAGCUGGUUAAACGGGUGGCCUUUGCCCUGCACCGGGGACUGAUAUUCAACCCUCGGGCCAAGCCAAGUGAAUUGAUGCCCAAGCUGAAAGAGUUGGGAGCUACCAUGGACGGGUUCCAUCGUUCCUUUGAGUACAUUCAGGACUAUGUCAACAUUUACGGUCUGAAGAUCUGGCAGGAAGAAGUGUCUCGUAUUAUAAAUUAUAACGUGGAGCAAGAAUGUAAUAACUUCUUAAGAACAAAGAUUCAAGACUGGCAGAGUAUGUACCAGUCCACCCACAUUCCAAUACCGAAGUUCACUCCUGUGGACGAGUCUGUAACAUUUAUUGGCCGACUGUGCAGAGAAAUCUUGCGAAUCACAGACCCAAAAAUGACGUGUCACAUCGACCAGCUGAAUACCUGGUAUGACAUGAAGACACACCAGGAAGUGACCAGCAGUCGCCUUUUCUCAGAAAUCCAGACCACCUUGGGGACGUUUGGUCUGAACGGCCUGGACAGGCUCCUGUGCUUCAUGGUUGUCAGAGAGCUGCAGAACUUCCUCAGUAUGUUUCAGAAGAUCAUCCUGAGAGACAGAACUGUUCAGGACACUUUAAAAACACUCAUGAAUGCCGUCAGCCCCCUGAAGAGCAUCGUCGCAAAUUCAAAUAAAAUUUAUCUUUCUGCCAUUGCCAAAACGCAGAAGAUUUGGGUCCCUUACCUGGAGGCAAUUAUGAAGGUUGGGCAGAUGCAGAUUCUGAGGCAGCAGAUUGCCAAUGAGUUAAAUUACUCUUGUCGGUUUGACUCCAAACAUCUGGCGGCUGCUCUGGAGAAUCUCAAUAAGGCUCUCCUGGCAGAUAUUGAAGCCCACUACCAGGACCCUUCACUUCCUUACCCCAAGGAAGACAACACGCUCUUGUAUGAGAUCACGUCCUAUCUGGAGGCAGCAGGCAUCCACAACCCGCUGAACAAGAUUUACAUAACAACAAAACGCUUACCCUACUUCCCAGUUGUCAACUUUCUGUUUCUGAUUGCUCAGCUGCCAAAACUUCAGUACAGCAAAAACCUCGGCAUGGUCUGCCGCAAGCCUGCCGACCCCGUGGACUGGCCGCCACUCGUCCUGGGCCUGCUCACUCUGCUGAAGCAGUUCCACUCCCGGUACACUGAGCAGUUCCUGGCGCUGCUGGGCCAAUUCAUCCGCUCCACAGUGGAGCAGUGUACGAGCCAGAAGAUACCCGAGAUGCCUGCAGAAGUUGUGGGCGCCCUCCUGUUCCUGGAGGACUAUGUCCGGUACACCAAGCUCCCCAGGAGGGUUGCUGAAGCCCAUGUGCCUAAUUUCAUUUUCGAUGAAUUCAGAACAGUCCUAUAACUUUUUUCUCCUACGUUUUCAAUGAAGAGAUUACAUCUUCCCCUCACUGAAGUGGAUUUGAAACUGAAAAGAAACCCAGCUGCCCUGGGACUGUUUUCCCUCACCCUGGAAGGCGCGAAACACCCUGAGGAAGUUGCCCCACAGCACUGGCCCAUCGUGGUGUUACCUGCAGUUUACAUCACAUGGAAGCAGAACACGGUUUUCCUGAAAGCGAAUGUUAAAUCCAUUUAGUUUUAUGUUCUAAAAAACUAUUUGUGCAACUCAGUUUUUCAGUAAAAUUGUGUUGCCCUUA